AUGGUUGAGAUUAGCGCCAACGAUACCGAUGAUUCCGUGCCCAACGCUGAUUUCGCACCACGCAUGUUCGUCGACAUCUUCCCGCAACACGUGCCUGCUGGCAGCAGUGCACUGCCAGUGCUGACGUAUCGCCGGCAUUCAGCCACUUCCAACUUACAUUAA